UCCCUUCCGGAGAUCCGUCCAGGCGUUUGCCUGCAGCAAGAUGGCGGCGGUCUCAAUGUCAGAGGCGCUGAGGCAAAUGUUGUGGGGGAAAAGGGCAGUGGCUGUAGCUGCCAUUUCCGUUUCCAGGGUUCCUAGCAGGUCAUUAAGCACUUCCACAUGGAGGCUGGCACAAGACCAAGCUCGAGACAGGCAACUCAUAACAGUUGAUGAAAAAUUGGAUAUUACCACUUUAACUGGUGUUCCAGAAGAACACAUCAAAACUAGAAAAGUCAGGAUCUUUGUUCCUGCUCGCAAUAACAUGCAGUCUGGAGUAAAUAACACAAAGAAAUGGAAGAUGGAGUUUGAUACCAGGGAGCGAUGGGAAAAUCCUUUGAUGGGUUGGGCAUCAACGGCUGAUCCCUUGUCCAACAUGGUUCUAACCUUCAGUACUAAAGAAGACGCAGCUGCCUUUGCAGAAAAAAAUGGGUGGAGGUAUGACAUUGACGAGAGGAAGGUUCCAAAACCCAAGUCCAAGUCUUAUGGUGCAAAUUUUUCUUGGAACAAAAGAACAAGAGUAUCCACAAAAUAGGUAGAACUUCUCUCUUCAGCCAUACUGUAAAUGAGAAGAGUAAGAACUAUAGCUUCUUUCUCAGUGUCUUGCGCAAAGGCUCAUUCAUGGGAAAACUCAAUAAACAAUGCUUAGUUUGAUGAUUAUACAAA